AAGAUGGAGAGGGUAGAUGUGGUGAAAAAUAAUAAGAUUCUGGACACAUUUUUGAAAGUAGACCCAAUAGUAUGUAUUAAUGGAUUGGAUGUGGGAGUGAAACAAAGAGAGGAGUCCCAUGACCAGGUUCACACGUUAGAGAAUCCUCUCUGGUCACCCCUGACAACAGGCUGCCCAUGUCCUUGAAUGGGGUUAACUCCCGAGGAAAAAAUUCUGAUUAAAGUAUUCAGCGAACCUCCUAGAGGAAGUAUCCUUCAUAAACUAGUCCCUCCCUUUGCCUGUAUCCAUUGGGCAGUUGGGAAAGCCUCAAGUCAUCCUUGCCCUCUACUUCCUGUUGCCUUCUCAGCCUCGUUCCCUUUUUUAGAAAUAGUGUGUUGUCUGUUAUUCAGCCAAAGAACAGCAUUCUGACCUCUGCCCUGUGACUUCCUGGUCCCCCUCUUCUUAUAAAUACAAGGGCAGAGCUGGCGUCUGGGGAAGUCAGAGAGCAGAGAGCCCAGGAGUCCUCAGGCUGGUACUCGCUGUGCACGGGGAAGAUGAAGACCUCAAUAGUUGCCCUCUCCUGCCUCAUCCUUGCUGCCCAGGCUGCAGUUGAACACCUGAUGCCGAACCUGAACAGUGAACACUCACUAUCUCAAGGAGGCUUUCACCGUCCCACUGACUGCUGCUUCUCUUACACCACACGAAAAAUCCGAUGUGUAUUCAUGAAAGAUUAUGUAGAAAUGACCAAUGUAUGCUUCCUGCCUGCUGUCAUCUUCAUCACCAAGAGGGAGCAGCAUGUCUGUGCUGACCCCAAAGAUGAGCAAGUUCAGAAAUGCAUGUUGGACCUGAAGCUAAGAUCAAAGAUCUGAAAACACUAUUUCUUGAGAAGGGAUACUUGGAGUCGGCCCCCUCACCUCCAUCUUUCUUGCCCCGACUACCUCCUAGGUGGGCCCUGGCCUGAAUUAUUUUUU